GCGUAUUAAUUCAUUUAUCAUGAUAGUGGUGUCUCUUCCCUCAUUCACUGCCAUUGACAGAGAUAUACGUCCAAUCCUUUUUAACUGGUUUCGGCCUAUCGCCGUCAAUGGCAGCCAAUAGUUAAAACUUCAGGCAAAAAGCAUUGUUAUUAUCACAGGUGCGAAUACUUAAAAACGCAUCCGGAAAAAUCGAAAGCGAACAGACCAAGUAGUCGCUGGGCCGGUCCGAGAACUACAGGAACGAUGUGAUUGGUCAGAAUAUAUGUCAAUCAUCCGCUGCGUUACGUUGCACUGCAGCUAGCAGCCAGUGUAGAUACUCAUACUUUGAAUGAAAGUCGUCAAGUGUUCCACACUGAAACCUCCACCGUCUGGCAAUAUAUGAACACAUCCAAUACUGCAUUUGUUCGCUGGUGUGUGCAUCCAACGCGAGUGUUUUUCCAGUGCUAGACAUUGACUUUGACAACAUUUUCGAGAAAAAGGGUCGGGACUGCGUGUGGUCAUGCAGCGGCUUACGUCGCGGCGCUUUGCCGGGCUGCUUGCAGCCGUGCUGUCCGUGCUGCUUGUGCAGUGCCGGGCGGACGGCGGCGGCGGCCCCAACCUCGCCGAAAGGGUUAUCUGGGCUGUCAAUGCCGGGGGAGAAUCGCACGUUGACGUGCACGGGAUUCACUUCAAAAAGGAUCCUUUGGAAGGCAAGCUAGGAAAAGCAUCUGAUUAUGGAAUGCGCCUGCCAAUCCUUCGCUCCAGUCCUGAGGAUCAAGUACUCUACCAAACGGAGCGCUACAACGAAGACACAUUUGGAUAUGACAUUCCUAUACGAGAGGAAGGGGACUAUAUACUUGUAAUGAAGUAUGCAGAGGUUUACUUUGCUCAGUCACAACAAAAGGUGUUUGACGUUCGAUUAAAUGGUCACGUUGUGGUAAAGGACCUCGAUAUUUUUGAUCGAGUGGGCCAUAGUACAGCACACGAUGAAAUAGUGGCCUUCUCCAUUAGACGUGGCAAGCUGAGUGUGCAAGGAGAGGUGUCGACCUUCAACGGCAAGCUUACGGUGGAAUUUGUAAAGGGCUAUUAUGAUAACCCUAAAGUCUGCGCUCUCUACGUGAUGAAGGGAACCCCAGAAGAUGUACCGAAACUCCAACCUCACCCUGGCCUGGAGAAGCACGAGGAAGAGGAGGAAGAUGAUGAAGACGGAGAGGGAGGGGAAGACGUCGGCAAGAAGAAACUUCCCCAGGAUUCCAAGCCCAGGGUCCAGUCGGGACCCCGAACACCGAACCCGUACGCUGCCGACAACAGCAGCCUAAUGUUCCCCAUUUUGGUGGCGUUCGGCGUCUUCAUCCCCACGUUGUUCUGCCUCUGUCGGCUGUGAGAGCACCGGACGAACAUGAGACUAUGACAGGUGAGGGUUAAGGAGGGGGGCGUUAAAUAGGCGCAGCGUACAAACGUCUCGGAGGGAAUACGGACCACGGAGGACGAUAAAGACAAAAAACACAGGAGGGGGCGAGAGACGGGAAGCAGAGUCAGUGUUUGCUGUUCAGUCUGCUUUCAACGACAUUCUUCAUCCUUUCAUUUGGCAGAUGAAGUCUUCAAAAAGCUCGGCAAACGUGUGCUCGCCAGUUUCGGUCGGGGGCGCAUUCAUCACUUUACAGUGUUUGCACGCAGCGUGGCUAAAACACUUUGCUUUGUUUCGUACACUCAUCAUCUGACUACACGUCCACAUGAGAUGGGAAUACAGCAACCAUUUUCCAUUUCUCUCCCUGUGUUUAUGCAUCUAGUUUUACCAUCCUCUCACCUGCUAUGGAAAUAUGUUUAAGCAUUUAUUUAAUAUCCUUGAUAUCCAGCUCAAAGUUGAUGUACUAUUACAUGCUUUAUUUUCUUAAGGAAAAAAAAAACAAUUCAGUGCACUACUUGAGUGGCUUUAUUUUUUUUAAACCCAUGACUACUGUACAUUUUUGCACACUAGGACAAUUUGGGCAUGGUAAGACAAGUUACAAGUGGUUGGGCAGCAAUGAUAUGGACAAAGUGAUAAAUAGGAAUAUUUUUAUCCAUAUAGUAAUCUCAAUUAUUUACUACAAUAAAAACAUUUGGAUUUUCACGUUUACAGUUUGUAGCGUGAACCAAAACUUUUAAAAAGAAUUACGUGUCAUUUUAGAAUGUUGUAUCAUUUUUAAAAAAUGCGCUAAACUAGUCCAGAAAAUGAACGUUUAUCUCGUUCACUUUUUUUUUCUCCGCCGUCACUUAAUACAGGGUGCUCGCUUGUUAUUUAGCCUGCUUCGUGAAACCUUAAUAAUGCUGUCCUACUGAUGGUUGGCUUAGUCCAGAUUAGAUGUGCAGCAGAGCCAGCAUUAUUUAAAUGCAAAAAUCACCAAUGAUAUGUUUGCCAUAGUAAGGCAAAACUGGAAUAGUUGAUAGCUGCCUAAUACUAGAAUUUCUAGUUAAGCACUAGACCUUAACUAGUACAACUCUAUAAUGUUAUGAGCAGUGUGGCUUUAAGAAAAUAGUUAUUCAAUAUCCUUGAUCUCCAGCAUUUACUGCCUCACUACUGGGACAACUACAUGUUUCUCAUGGGCAUUUUAGGUGCUUCUAUGGGGCUACUUGCGAAUGACACAUGAGUAAAACACUGUCAAAAAUAAAACUUUCUAUUAGUCAUCAGGGUGAAAGUGUGGUCCGAACCUCCUAAAACCACCGAAAUGCAAAGAAAAGUGCUUUUGGCAUAGUUAUACCUAGGCAUGUGCUGGUAUGAGAUUCUGACGGUAUAAUAACCUUCACAGUAAAUAAAAUAUCGCGGUAUUGCAAUUACAGCUCUAAAACGUUUUAUUUUGAGAUUUCUGGAUUACAAAAAAAAAGUUUUUCUUAUGUACAUAUAUUUUUUAUAAAACAACAUAUUAGCAAAUUGGAAUAUAAGUAAUGGUAAAUGAAAACCAAGAAAAAGGGAAAUAUUCUAAAUAAAAUUAAAUUGACAUGCUAAUUAGCCAUGUUAUCUGCCUCGUUAACAAGCUUACGUUACAGUAUUUUUUUACCACUGCUAGUCAGAAACGUUCAUGACAGCGUUUACUCACUCCCCGCAAACAUGUUUUACAUGUCAGUUGGCUCACCUAAUCUUGUACCCGAAGUAUUCCCAUACCAGCAACUUCGUUUUCAUCGAAGGGGGGGGGGCGAAGGUUAAUUUCUUUCAUGUCCUCAAGCCAAGUGCAGCACAGCUGACUCACUGACACUGAGCAACAACUUGAGGGGGAGGGGUGAGCCCUGCAUUUUUGGGACAUAAAAAAUAACUAAUGCUGUAGGGACGGUAUGAUGGAAAAAUUUUGCGGUUUUGAAACCUUGACAUUCUCAUACGGUAUACCUUGAAACCGGUAACCGGCACAUGCCUAGUUAUACCUAUAACCUAUUACAAAUUCAUUAGACGACUGUAUUACACUUACUCUAAUAAGGUAUACUACAUGAGAAACUUUUUCAUUCAAAAUUGUAUUUUUUUCCAAUGAUGCGCAAAAUAAGUUAAAACACCAGUAACCUCAACCACCAUCUCCUGCUUUUUAUUUUCCCUCGUUUCCGUGCAUCUAAAUGCAAAACCUCAAUUUGAACUCCUUUAGAACCUAACAUAAGAACAUUGGAGGUAAAUUAAAAUUGAAGAUAAUGUAAACAUUUACUUUAUAAAUAAGCAACUUAAAAUAAGUCCAAAUGACUCUAAAAUAUAUUCCAUUUCAAUGUGCAUAAUGUACAGUGCCUUGCAAAAGUAUUCGGCCCCCUUGAACCUUGCAACCUUUCGCCACAUUUCAGGCUUCAAACAUAAAGAUAUAAAAUUUUAAUUUUUUGUCAAGAAUCAACAACAAGUGGGACACAAUCGUGAAGUGGAACAAAAUUUAUUGGAUAAUUUAAACUUUUUUAACAAAUAAAAAACUGAAAAGUGGGGCGUGCAAUAUUAUUCGGCCCCCUUGCGUUAAUACUUUGUGGCGCCACCUUUUGCUCCAAUUACAGCUGCAAGUCGCUUGGGGUAUGUUUCUAUCAGUUUUGCACAUCGAGAGACUGACAUUCUUGCCCAUUCUUCCUUGCAAAACAGCUCGAGCUCAGGGAGGUUGGAUGGAGAGUGUUUGUGAACAGCAGUCUUCAGCUCUUUCCACAGAUUCUCGUUUGGAUUCAGGUCUGGACUUUGACUUGGCCAUUCUAACACCUGGAUACGUUUAUUUUUGAACCAUUCCAUUGUAGAUUUGGCUUUAUGUUUUGGAUCAUUGUCCUGUUGGAAGAUAAAUCUCCGUCCCAGUCUCAGGUCUUGUGCAGAUACCAACAGGUUUUCUUCCAGAAUGUUCCUGUAUUUGGCUGCAUCCAUCUUCCCGUCAAUUUUAACCAUCUUCCCUGUCCCUGCUGAAGAAAAGCAGGCCCAAACCAUGAUGCUGCCACCACCAUGUUUGACAGUGGGGAUGGUGUGUUCAGGGUGAUGAGCUGUGUUGCUUUUACGUCAAACAUAUCGUUUUGCAUUGUGGCCAAAAAGUUCAAUUUUGGUUUCAUCUGACCAGAGCACCUUCUUCCACAUGUUUGGUGUGUCUCCCAAGUGGCUUGUGGCAAACUUUAAACCAGACUUUUUAUGGAUAUCUUUGAGAAAUGGCUUUCUUCUUGCCACUCUUCCAUAAAGGCCAGAUUUGUGCAGUGUACGACUGAUUGUUGUCCUAUGGACAGACCUUCCCACCUCAGCUGUAGAUCUCUGCAGUUCAUCCAGAGUGAUCAUGGGCCUCUUGGCUGCAUCUCUGAUCAGUUUUUUCCUUGUUUGAGAAGAAAGUUUGGAAGGACGGCCGGGUCUUGGUAGAUUUGCAGUGGUCUGAUGCUCCUUCCAUUU